UUCAGAUGAACCCAUGAUCACAAAAGUCUUUCUACUAACCACUAACGUACUCAAAUGAGAAGUCUCCUCCCGCUCAAAAAUGGAUGUCGGCAACAAGAGGAGAAGUGUAGACGAUAUAUCCUUAGAUCUUCUACGUUUGGGAAGCUUUUGAAGCUUUUCUCUGCAAGAAAUGUAGCAUUUGCUGUUUUCCUCAGCAUUUACACACUUGUUGUGCUCCUUCUUCAUGGUGGUUUUCCAAUGGAUGAUCCGCUGUUUCGGAGACAGAGGAGUAAUGUUGUCAUAAGGAAUAUUCAUGAGGACUAUGACGCUGGAUGUAAUGGAUAUGCAAUGGACUAUCGGAUAGCAGAGCAGCAGCGUAUUUUGCGUAGUGUACGAAGUGAGCUCAUUGAUUGUUCGGCCAAGCUCCAAGAAGUCACUGUCGUCUAUGAGGAGUUGAGCAAGAAAAUCCCCGAGAAGCAAUCGGAGCUUACAUCGGUGUUGGAAGAGAUCGAGAGUGCACGACGAACUUUGAAAGAACUGCAGGAUCGUCGGAAUGUUCGGAUAUUCUUACCUCAUAAAGCGAUAUACUUACCUGGCGAGGAAUCUCAAGCAACACAUCCCACUCGUCAGCUUUCAUCACAGCUAACACUGGAAACUGCCAUAGAUUUUAGUCGAUGUUCUAUUACAACCUUUAUGCCCAUGUACAUAUCUAAUUUUACCGUUUUGUCUCCCAUGAUGAUCGGUUUCAAAAAUGAGCUUUCCUCAUUGGGAACUAUUGUCAACGAUGCUGCAAGCGCAUGUCUAAUAAUCUAUCUCACCAACGGUUCAUCUGAAAUGUUUGCAAAGCUUCCAAACUCUGGCCGAAAUACAGUUGUUAUGAAUUUCGGAGAUCCAUUUAUCACACGAAACUCUGCCAUAGUAGUGCAGCGGUUUGACAAGCUCAUUCCUAGGUUAAUGGAUUAUAAUGUGUUUCUAAAUGUGCCUCAAUAUAGUGCUUUUGCAUGGAAGGAUAUGCCUAGCUUACUGCCUUACUCUAGAACGUUUUUUCUCUUCACCUACGUGUCAUCUGAUGCUAGGGACCUGUACCCGCUCUUAUCAAGUGAUCUUUCUCGUCUGAGUGCUUCAGCGGUGUCUGCAGGAGACAGCGUCAAAAUUUUGAACUGCUCUGACUCUUCGCAUAGUGCGUCAUGUGAAUCCGUGACUGAAUUAGGAAGACUCACUCAAAGCUCGAUCUUCUGUCUCUUCUUGAGCCGUAGCAAUUAUACUCACCUUUUCUGGAACUCGUUACGGUUAGGAUGCAUUCCUGUAGUACCAUCGCUGGAUAUCGUGCUUCCAUUCCAAGAUCAUAUUGACUGGCGUCGAGCCUCGGUCCGUGUCCCACUAGCUCGAUUUCCUGAGUAUCACUUCAUUCUGCGCUCUUUCGAAAUGGCAGAAGUAUUAGAGCUACGAAGGAUGGGACGAGUCUACUUCGAGCGCUAUCUCAUGGAUCAGAGAGCUGUGGCUAGAGCUCUGAUUGCUUCGCUUCGUGAAAAGUUAGGCCUACCAUCACCUCCGGAAACUGUCAACAGGGCUGUACCGCUGUUCAACGAUUCUUUCAUUGCUCCAAUACUUACGCCUAUCAACUUGCAACCUUUGGAUGAUGAAUAUCUCGGUCCUCUCGAAGGUGCUGUCAAUUCGGGUUCUUUCCUUCACAACUUCUCCUCUUUCACUAUGUACUCAUAUCUUUCAUGGAACACUAUUGGUCGGCCUUGGAAAGCAAUGGAAUUUCUAGCGCAUUCUGUAGAUCCUCCCACCGAAAUUGAGUUCUACUCUGAUUCGAGUGUAGGAUUUCGACCAAUUGAGCCUGGGUCAGGUGUAGAAUUUAGCAAAGCCCUUGGAGGUAACCGCAUCCGUGAACAGUUUACAGUAAUCCUGUUAACGUACAAUCGUGAUGCUGUGCUAGCAGCUUCACUAGAGCGACUUCAUCGGCUCCCUUACCUGAAUAAGGUCAUUGUCAUCUGGAACAAUGUAGCAAGGGAACCUUUAGGAGCUUGGCCUCGCCUUCAUGUGCCAGUCGAGUUCAUCAAAGUGACCAAAAAUAGUCUCAAUAACCGGUUUAUACCAUGGGAUCGCAUAAAAACGGAAGCAAUUCUUUCGCUUGACGACGACAUCGACUUGAAACAACAUGAAAUCGUGUUUGCGUUCAGGGUUUGGAGAGAGAACCGUCGUCGCAUUGUGGGUUUUCCUGCUCGACAUCAUGCACGAUAUGGCAAUGAAAUGUAUUACAACAGUAACCACACUUGCCAGCUGAGUAUCAUACUCACCGGUGCUGCUUUCCUGCAUAAGUCUUACUUGCACGCUUACACAUAUCAAAUGCCCGAAGCGAUUCGCCAGCAUGUCGAUGAAGUCACAAACUGUGAGGAUAUAGCAAUGAAUUUCCUCGUCUCGCACAUCACCCGGGAACCUCCUAUCAAAACAACGAGCAAGUGGACUCUGAGAUGUCCAACAUGCACGGAGACGCUUUCUCAAGAUGAAUCACAUUUCCGUGAGCGACAUGAGUGUAUUCGGCUCUUCACAAAAAUUUAUGGAUACAAUCCAUUGAAGUUCUCGCAAUUUCGAGCCGACUCCGUCCUUUUCAAGACACGUCUUCCUCCGGAUAAACAAAAAUGCUUCAGAUUUGUAUGAGGUAGCAUUCGUUUGUCGUUGCUUCAAUUUCUGCCUUUUUCUAUCAGUUUGUGCCAUGACUUUUUUUUAUCAUAAUUAUAUUUAUUUCGAGUAUUUGGUAUGCCUGAAUGUUUGAUAUCUCUUUAGCUUAGCAAUUUUAUCGAUAUUCGCUUUUGAUUGAACAAGCGCCCCUAUUCAGCGAACGAUUGUGCAGCUGAGUUUUGAAGAAAAUUUUGCCCGAAAGUGCGUUUGCUUACUCAUACUCGCCUGUUUUUCCCCGAGUCUAAUCGUUCGAUAAUUUCAGUUUUCGUGACGGGUCUCAUUCUCAUGUCUUAUUCAGUUUUUUCCCAUCGCUUUCCAUCUGCAUUUAUGUGUGUGUGUCUCUCUCUUGUCUACUCACAAUGCUCAAUUGUUCACCCCGGCCGCGAACAACAUGUUGUGGUCUCGGAGAGGGGUGUCUCUUUCAUAUUGCUCCCUUGUGGUGCUUUAAUCGUACAAUCUUCAGCUUGUCCAUCUUGCUCAACUUGCGUAUUUCGAUAAAGAUGUAGUGCUU